GCCGACGCGACCGCACGUCACUCCACCCGAAAUUAUUAUCGUAUCGAAAUAAAAAUCCAAGUUUCAGUGAUCGCCCGCAGUGUUGACAAAACAAAAGUGGUUUAUGUAUUCUGUGAUGCGUAGUGGUUGUCGCGGAAAGUACUCUCACUCGUUUGUACUAAUGGAAACACCGUUGAGAUACCGGUGGUGCUCAAAAUAGGCGCGAUGCUCAAACCGUGUUAGUGUAGUGCAAAAAUGUGUGUGACGUUAAAUAUGUGCGUGUAAAAGUUCGACACGACGUCGAAUCUGUCGGAGCUAUCGCUGGCGCAAGCGACCAGCGAUGGUAUGGACUUUGUACUGGGCAACGAGAGCGAUGGCGGGUGGAACGGCACCGAGGCGGCGGCUCCCGACCUGUACAACUACUGGGCGUGGAGUAUCAUCGACGGCGCGCUCAUGCUGCUCAUUAUCAGCGGCAACACGCUCACCAUCCUCGCCGUCACCAUGAGCCGCCGCCUCUCGUCGCUCGUCUCCAACCAGUUCGUGCUCAACCUGGCCAUCUCCGACCUGAUGGUGGGCCUCACGCUGCCCUACCACCUCGUCUUCUACCUCAACGACGACUUCGGCAAGAUCAAGUGGUCGUGCCUCAUGAGAUUCAUUUUGAUAAUACUCGCGUGCCUCGCGUCCAUUUACAACAUCAUUGCGAUCGCGGUAGACAGGUACAUAGCAAUAGUCCACCCGCUGCACUACAGCCGGUAUAUGACGAAGCUGAUCACGCGGCUGCUGAUGAGCGCCACCUGGUCGGUAGCUUUGUGCAUCAGCUGCAUACCCAUCUUCUGGAACGACUGGCAGGACGGCGUGUCGUGUGAGAUGAAUGUAGUGGUCCCAAAAACGUACACAACGAGCAUCCUAGCGCCGAUGUUCUCGCUCAUCUGGAUGGUGAUGUUCAUCCUGUACUGGCGGAUAUGGCGCGAGGCGACGUGUCACGCGCGCCGCAUGCGGGCCAACACCUGCUGCCCCGCGGGCGCUAACGAUUGGAAGAGUAUUCAGGUGGUACUUCUAGUCCUGGGAUCUUUCUCAAUAUGUUGGAUGCCGUUCGUGGUGGUAGCGUAUGCGCAAACGCUACCGAUCGUCCGCCUUCAGAACCCCAUCGCCUACAGACUGACUUCAUCCCUAGCGAUGUCCAAUUCUGGCAUCAACCCUCUUAUAUACGCGUGGAAGAACGCUGGAUUCAGAGCGGCAUUCGCUAAUCUUCUGCGGUGCAAAAGACCAGAUACAUCCGAGUACAGGGGUUCACCAGCCCCGGAAAGGAAAAGGGGAUCUGUCGCUCUUCGCGAAGGCUCUAUCACACGGUCUACGCCACCGGCUGGUAUAUCAAGCUUCGGCGGAAGGCCAGCGCGUCUGGUCUACGUCGAGCACGAGCCAGACACAUCGCGGUGUAGAAUUAUAGAAAAUGCCGGAUACAUUGACAGCGAGCGAGGAGACACGAAUCCGUCUUACGCCCCGGACGGACCCACCCCUAUCCACAGGCCUACUCGAACCCCAGAUGUAGUGUAGUGUUAAUUUAAGCAUGAACAAUAGACAUUCUGUGGGAAAUGUGAAACGCUUCUAGUUUUAAUAUAGUUUUAGGUACCCUAUUGCUUUCGGUACCGACUUGUUCAAAUCUAAGCUCAAAUUUCUAAGGCUUUAUUGUUGAAAUUUUAUUCAAAUUCUAAUAUGUUUCCUGCCGAUGGAUCAAAUGUACGGAUGAACUCUGUUUAUCUUUGAAAUGUUUAAAAUAGGUUUAAAUAAAAUUUGAUGUGUAAUUAUAAUAUUAUAUAACUUAUGA